GUUAAUGUUUUUUUAAUGUUUUUUCAAGCAAAAGUAAAAGAAGAAGCUGCCACUGAGAAAGAUGAGAGUUCUCUUGAAGAAAAGCCACUGGUUUGUUACCAAUUAGAGAGAGACUCUCUGAGACAGCUUCUUAUUGACUGGUUUAAAACUAAAGUGGAAGAUGAAGGGUGGUUCUACAAAGGCAAGAACUACACAGAGGUCCUCAUUGAGAAUUUUCAUGCAUGUGAUAAAAACCAAAACAACAAGCUGAGUGCCGUUGAAUUCCUUGAAUGUGUGGAGAGAAACGAUACAGUUCGUAACCAUGGCAAAGGUGCUGCUGGUGGAAGCCAUGCACACAUCAUCAGGGGUUUGUGCGUUGAUGCUCUGAUCAUCAUGUCAGACGAGGAUUCCGACUGGCAGUUGGAUCUGGAGGAGUUCCGCCAGUGUAUGGAUCCUGUGUACAGCCCCCCUACCAAAAAAUGUUCCCUUGAAGACAAAAUGUACAUUGAUGGUGCAGAAGUAAAUGUUGACUGUAACAUUUGUGUCUGUGCCUGUGGGAACUGGGUGUGCACUGCCUCCAGUUGUAAGACAGAUCUCAAGAAGAUAGCAGGCAGCUAUGAUCACCAUAGUGACCAGUUGCCGUCUGCCGAGGAGAGGAAGGCCAUAUUGGAAGGUUUCCAGGCCACAGACGACGUGGAUCUGUCCAGACUGGAGGAGGAAAUCAACCGUCACCUGGACGCAGUGUCCGACGAAGAUGACUUCGGGCCAGUCCCAGACGCACACCUUGGGCGUGAUUCCCACCCUGAGGAUGUGGAGGAGUUUGUGGCUAAUGUGAACACCCAGGAACAGGUGGGAUACUCCAGAAUAGAUGUGGAGAACAGGGGACUAGCUUGUGUAUGGGUAGAAUCCAUCAUGGGGAGUGGGGAGUUUUACUUACACUGA